AUGACAGAAUCGCCGGAGUUUGAAUCAGAUUUGUAUGAACGAAGGCAGGGAACAAACCGGAAAAGAGUAGUAGAAGUUGGCGAGGUUUUGGGCAACAAAUUGAGAGGGGGAGAUGAUAGGGUUUUGAGGAAAGAUAACAGAAUUUGCAUCAAAAAACACGAUUUCUCGUGUAAUUCCGGCGUGGAGGAGGCGGUGGCGGGCGGAGGAAGUGGUGUGUACGCCAGCCUCACCAAAUUAUUCGUUAUUGAUGAUAACACUUAUACUAAAUCUCAUCUGCACCGGCGUUUCGCCGGAGGCCGGACAGGCGAGUCGCGCAGGAACUGGGGCAAAGACAUAGACCCCAAUCGACGGUCCAGAUUCAGCGAUGCUUAUCCGACGGACGAUUACUAUGAAGAGGAUGAGCGUGAGUUCCGGACCUCCACGAAGCAGAGGAAAUGGUGGUCUGAUGAUUUUGAUGUAGACGACGACGAAGAAGAUGAAAGGUUUGGGGUACUCGAAGCUUCCAUUGGGUUUGAUUGGGUUCUUAAGGUUACUGGCUUCUCUUUCUCCAUUUCAACUUCAAUCUUAAAUUUAAUCACGACUGUAAUUGCCUCAUUGGUGCUGGGGACAGGACCCAACUCGAUUAUCAUGGCCAUUGCUCUACCUCUUGCCCAGUCAGCACUUUCUAUAGCAGCUGACACACUCUGGGGUACAUUUUACGAUUCCCCAAGAACAAAGAACAAGAAGAAGAAGAAGAACAAGCCUUUUGCUCGUAUGAAGGUGAAAAGGGAAAAAGAAGUCCGGUUUCAAUCAGAAAACGGGAUGGAGAAUUACAAAUCGUGGGGAAAUGGGAAUAGGAGUCAAUUUGAUUUCGGUGGUUGGGAUGAGCUGGACAAGGAGCCUCGGGUAAGACCUGUUAAACGUGAGCCUGAGGUGCAAGAGAGAGUUAUCAUAAGUAGGAGAACAAAGGGAGAUACUCCACUAUUUAUGAGAAUCUUGAUUGCCAUGUUCCCGUAUUUGGGAUUUUGGACCAGCUUAUUCUGA